AUGAGUUUCCAAAGCAGCUACUGUGGAGGCCUGGGCUAUGGCCACGGAGGUGUUAAUGGACUAGGCUAUGGCCACGGAGGAGUCAAUGGACUAGGCUAUGGCCACAGAGGUGUCAGUGGCUAUGGCUACAGCCAUAGAGGCUUCAGUGGUCUGGGCUCUGGCUCUGGCUGUGGAGGUAGCAGCUUCCAUAGACUGGGCAAUGGCUGUGACUUUGGAGGCUCUAGCUCUGGUUCUGGCUAUGGAAACUACAGAUAUGGUUACUACCAUCCCACAUCUUUUGGGAGGUAUGGCUUCUCCAGCUUCUACUGA